UAGGGAGGAGUGGAUACUGCAUGGAGCUCUAAGGGGUGCCCUCCUGAUCCUCUCAGCUCCCUUUACAGGACAGGUGUGAGGAUCUGGGAGUGGCAGAAAAAGCUCACGAUGAGGUGCAAGGAACCUGUGCAGGUGCCCUCACUGAGGGCAGAUCAACCCACCCCUGAUAAUGCAGCUCUCAUUAAGGCCAGUGCUGAGGAGAAACAACAGAGGGUGCAAUCACAGGUAAGUUGCUCCUGAGCACAAUGAAAGCACCCAUGUGCUAGACUCUUUUCAGGAGUGCUUGCUGCCUCCCAGGAGCCCGAGACACGGAUGUCACUGGACAAUUGACUUCAGUUCAGUGCAGCCUUUGGACUGUGCCCACUCUGGUUCUCUCAUGUAGGUACUGGUGAUUUUGCAACAAGAAGCCCAAGUUUGAUCAAAGAAGUAUUCAGGCCCCUGGGCAGAAAUGGGAAAAGGCUCAGGAGCACGGUUAGUGUUCUCAAUCCUCCAAGCAAUGGGGAGAGAUAUUGAAAGUAAAAGGCAUGCUCAAGACCUGGCUCUGGGAUUUGUGCCUCCACCAGAACUUUGGUUUUUAUUACCCAUGCGAGAGUCUUCUUGAAAACACAAGUGUGCUGGGACCUGAUGGGCUCCAGUGUGCUGAUGGAGGACCUCUGUGUCUGCACUGCACCAGUGUCUCAGGGCAGAGGCAGUCUGCAGGGGAACUGCAGCUCUGGGGCCAGCUCUGGGACUCAAGACUUGAGCAGAGCUGGGGGCUGGGAUGCAGGAAGUGAAAAGAGCUGAAGUUAAAACAGGAACUCAGAGCAGACACAGGUCCAAAGCUGUCACUGGCAGCAGGUGCCUGAGCAAAAAGCAGCAAGUUUGCCAGCAGGAACUCGUGAGCCUUUAAAGAUGUGGAAAGCAGUUGUGGGACACAACGUGUCAGUGAAAAUGGAGGCUCAGGGAGAUGACUGGGACACAGACCCUGAUUUUGUGAAUGACAUCUCUGAGCGGGAGCAGCGCUGGGGAGCCAAAACCAUCGAGGGCUCUGGCCGUGCCGGGCACAUCGACAUCCAUCAGCUGAGGAACGAGGUAUCAGAGGAACAUGAGGUCAUCAAGAAGAAGGAGCUGGAGACUGGCCCCAAGGCAUCCUAUGGCUAUGGAGGAAAAUUUGGCACAGAGCAAGACCGAAUGGAUAAGUGUGCAGUAGGACACGAGUACAUUGCUGAUGUUGGGAAGCACUCCUCGCAGACAGAUGCAGCCCAGGGCUUUGGUGGCAAGUUCGGAGUCCAGCGGGACCGAGCUGACAAGUCAGCACUGGGCUUUGAAUACAAGAGCGAGGUGGAGAAACACUCAUCCCAGAAAGAUUACUCCAAGGGCUUUGGUGGCCGUUACGGAGUGGAAAGGGAUAAGGUGGACAAAGCAGCUGUGGGAUUUGACUACAAAAGCCAGGCAGAGAAGCAUGACUCUCAGAAAGACUAUUCUGUGGGCUUUGGUGGGAAGUUUGGGGUCCAGAGGGAUCGUCAGGACAAGAAUGCCCUCGGCUGGGACCAUCAGGAAGAAGUGCAGCCCCACGCAUCCCAAAGAGACUAUGCCAAGGGGUUUGGAGGCCGUUAUGGGGUCCAGAAGGAUAGAGUGGAUAAGAGUGCUGCUGGCUUUGAUGAGAUGGCAGCUCCCACCUCCUCCUAUGAGAAAACAAGACCCCUGGAGGCAGGAGCCUCCAGUGGCACCAGCAGCCUGCGGUUGCGGUUUGAGCACAUGGCCCAGUCGGCAGAGGAGGAGAGCAGGAGGCAGGCAGAGGAGGAGCGGGUGAGGCGGCAGGCCCGGGAGCACCGGCUGGCUCAGCAGCAGCAGGAAGUCCCUCUGAGAGAGAAGGAGCACACUGGGACUGGGGCAGCCCCUCCAGCUGUGCCAGCAGGGGUGCCCAGGGGUGCUGCUGGGGACCAGCCUGUGUCACCAGGAGAGCAGGAGGCCAAAAGGGAUGAUGAAGAAGUACCACCCACUUUGCCACCAAGGCCAGCAGAUCUGGAUGCAGAGCUGUGCAAGGUCCCCAGCCAGGGUCAGCCCACCUACAAUGUAAGUUUGGAUGUUGGCGGAGACUAUGAGGAGCUGCCAGAGCCUUCUGACCACUAUGACAGCACCAGUGGAGGUGCUGACUAUGAAGAGCUGCCAGCCCCUCUGGAAAAGCUGGACGCCACCUACGACUUUGGAGGAGAUGGAGGUGAAGACUAUGAGGUGAUCCUUCCUCAGGAGCCCAGACAGAGCCAUCCCCACCUGGGGAACACAGACAGUGCUGCUGAGGGGCAGAGCCCCGGGAUCUGCGCAGUGGCUCUCUAUGACUACCAAGGAGAUGGAGAUGAUGAGAUUUCUUUUGAUCCUGAUGACACAAUCACGCACAUUGAGAUGGUGGAUGAAGGCUGGUGGCGGGGACAGUGCCAUGGCAGAGUCGGCCUCUUCCCAGCAAAUUAUGUGAAGCUUCUGCAAUGAAAUUAGCACAGUGCAAGCUGCUUCCUUCACACCUUUUGCCUCUGUCAUGGUUUGACACUGGGCAAAUGCCAGACACCCACAAAAGUCACUCAUCCACCCUCCUCUGCCACAGCUUGGCAGAGGAGAGAAAAAUUUAACGAAGCUUUGUGAGCUAAGGACUGGGAGAAAACACUCCAAGGGCAAAAUAGGCUUGACUUAGAGGUACAAAGGGAAUUUAUUACUAACAGAGUCAGAGGAGGAUAAGGAGAAAUAAAGGAAACCCUUAAAACACCUUUUUUUCCCCCAACUCCUCUCUCCUUCCCACCAACAUUGCAGGGAGAUAGGGCAUGGGAGUUUUGGUCAUUUCAUCACUGAGAUUUUCUUCCAUUGCUCUGGGAGAGGAGUCUUUCCCCUGUGAAACCAUGAGGUCCCUCCCAUGGGAGACAAUUCUCUGAACUUCUCUGACACAGGUCCACUCUCAUGAGCAGCAGUCCUCCAAAAACUGCUGCAGCAUGGUCACUGUUCCAUGGGGUGCAGUGCUCCAAGGACAGGCUGCUCCAGCCUGGCAGCAGGGCCCUCUCUCUUCACUGGCUCUCCCACUGGAUCACAGCCUCCUCCAGGCAUCCACUGCCCUGGCAUGGGCACCUCCCCCUGGGGCUGUGGGUGGAUCUCUGCAUCCCCCGUGGAUCCCCACAGCUGUCUCACCAUGGUCUCACCGCAGCUGCAGAGGAAUCUCAGCUCUGGCCCCUGGAGCACCUCCUGCUCCUCCUUGUGCACUGGCCUUGGUGUCUCCAGGUUGUCUCCCUCACAUGUUCUCACCUUCUCCUCUUCUCUGGCUGGAACUGAAAUUGCUCCUCACUUAAAUCAUGGAGGUGUUACCAUCACCUCUCAUUGGCUCAGCUGUGACCAGCAGCAUGUCCAUUUUCAGAGCCACCAGAGGUUGGCUCUGCUGGACGUGGUGGAAGCUUCCAGCAGCUUCUCACAGAAGCCACCUCUGUGCUCCCCACUACCAAAAACCAGGCCAUGCAAAACCAACACAGUCCACCUCUUGCAUCUGUGAAUCACAUAUUGAAGAAGAAGAGCAACAACAGCACCACCACAACAAAGUGAGCACAGUUUGUUUGUUUUCUUUUCUAGCCAGAGAAGAGGGGGAGGUGAGAACCUGUGA